UGAACGAAUCGGACGGUCACGAUCAUCGACGACAUAUCCCGUCAUCAUAACAUAUGGGAGCGGCAUUCUCUUCGGCGCUCCUGUAUAAGGGUUUCGGCUACGAGGGUUCUUCGCGUCGUCGGCGGCUGCUAGGGUUUCUUCUUCUCUGAUCUGGAGGGGAAUCAGUUCGGAAUCCUCAAAGAGGGCCAACAGUAAUGGCUCCGCCUCAGCCGAACACCGGCCUUUUUGUUGGGCUCAACAAAGGGCACAUCGUCACCAAGCGGGAGUUGCCUCCGCGCCCUUCCAGCAGAAAAGGAAAAACCAGCAAGAGGGUGCAUUUUGUUAGAAACUUGAUUAGGGAAGUUGCUGGGUUUGCUCCCUAUGAGAAGCGUAUCACUGAGCUCUUGAAAGUUGGAAAGGACAAGCGUGCACUCAAAGUGGCCAAGAGAAAGCUUGGAACUCACAAGAGAGCCAAGAAGAAGCGUGAGGAGAUGGCUAAUGUUCUCCGGAAGAUGAGAUCCGCCGGAGUGACUGAGAAGAAGAAAUGAAACGUAGCAGAUGAUACGCUCGUCUCUAGAUUUUAGUUCCAAACUGGUGAUGAGUUUUUCAUCCUUUAUGCUAUUGGGAACGCUAGAACUGUUGAGAUACAAGUUUGUCUAAUCUUUGAUUUUGCGCUAUACGGCCUUUUUGAUGGUGUUAUUAUCAGCA